UUAAGUGAAGAGCAUUUUUAUGGUCGUUUGCGAAUUAGUGUGUCUCCCGCAAAACGGCUCUCUCUCUCUUGCUCUCUCGCUCUCCCUCUCUUCUCUAUUUUGCAAUCGUCGAAAGGACUGCUCGUUGACGAUGCACACACGCACGACACACACGCCUGAUAUCCUGGCAGCAGGCAGGCAGCGGCUACUCCACAUCAAAGUGAGCAUACGCGCUAUUGCUCCGGCAACAUGGGAGAGAUAGGUCCGGGGCAUGCGCACUCUGGACGCCGUUUCGUCUUCGAACGCUUUGGAAUGGAGAGCAAUUUGGUGUGCUCCUAGUACAAGUAUUGAAGGUACAGAAACACCAUCGAACCGGACAGAGCCACCAACCUUUGGGGCUUCGAAGUAGGGUGGAACUUUUCAUACACAAAUUUUCGUCGUUCCUGGCAGCGAUUUGCUUGCUUGCUUUGCUGCAGAAGUAGAAGCUGUGUAGCUGCAAUCGUUAAUAUCGGAGUGCAAGAAAUCUAAAACGCCCGUCGCACGCCCAACCAACGCCGUAUCGUGUGUACUGUCCGAAACGAGACACGAGAAGAAGAAGGAAAAAAACGAACUUCCUCCGUAGUAUGUGUUGUAACAGAAACGGCACCAGCACCAGCAGCACCAGCAGUAGAAUAGAGCCUAAAGGCAGAUCGAAAAGGGAAAACCGCAAAAUGUAUCCGACCACCAUCUCCCGCUGCUGGUGGUAGGGUGGACCUGUCCGUCUGGUGCAAAGUGGAACAUGGGUGGCCUCACACACUAGCUGGCCGAGGCUGGUCUAGUGAUCCCGCUUCUCCCCAGUGUCAGUUGAAUCCGCCGACAAGAAACAUUCUUCCUGGUUCUUCUGGUUGCUGCUCCGUAACGGGGGCUCGGUGUAUAUUGCGUUCUUCGCCUGCUGCAAAGUGAACACCGCUGCUGAGCGAGAGCUUGCUGCAAAAAACACAAACCGGGUCGUGCAAUCCGCGGACGGGGGUUGUACAUAUAUGUGUAGCAUAUCCUGCCGCAAGGACUGUUUUUCGCACAUCGACAGGAAGAGUGAUGAAGAGUUCGCGUGACUCACACGGGUUUGUCUCGAUGGCAAGCGACGAAAACUAACUCCAGAAAGAACUGACCAACCUGCUACCAGUGGCAAACACUGUCGUGCAAAUCGCAAAGAGAAAAACGGGUGUCGAUUGCAUCGGUGGUCCCUCCCUGCUGUCGUGUAUGUGUGUGUGUGUGCGAUACAUCAGGUGUAGAGGAAGCAUCGGUUGAACGAGUUUUCCUUCCCGUCCCUUCAACCAGGACCAAACGAUGAGUCGUGCACGGCCCCUCCUCCAACCCUUCGGAUCGAAAAGGAAGCUGAAAUGUGUGCGUGCGCGCUGAGUGUGUGUGCGUAGAGAGUGUUUUGGUGUAGGUGCGCGCGUGUGUUAUUAGCGGAUGUGACGCUGCUGCUGCUGCUGCUGGUUGACAGCGCAAAACGGAAGAAGCAGGCCAACCAAACGGGCGGUUAGUUCGAAGAGGGCAGCAGCAAAUGUAGUAAUCUGCGGCGUAGUCGUAAAGAAGAUAUUGACGAAACAGCAGCCCCUAAUCCUUCUGUAAUUGACUGUAAAAAUCCUUCCCGUCAGCAGUGUCCGUGUGUUUGUGUGAGUGAUUCGAGUGAUUUCGGGGUUCGCACCUGAACAGAGGACGUCACACUGAAAGAGCAGCACUGUUGGAGCGGGGAGCAUUAGCGGCCGCAUCCAAAAAAAAGAAAGGAAAUUCAUCAAAUAUCACCACACACACAGCGCAAAAUAACGUUCAACGUUCUCCGCAGCAAAAAUGCUGAUCCGGUGGAAAAGCAAAGAUAAAAGCUCAUCCUCAACAUCGUCAUCGUCGAGCACGUCGAAAAAGAAAAGAAAAGGAAGGGAAAGCGAGGAUGACUGGCAAAAUGAUAAAAGCAACAGGAACCAGCCGACCGAUCAAGCGAUCGAUGAUAGGCGACGUUCGGCACGAAGCAGGGAAGAUCCCCGGCGACACACCCUCGGCGGCGAUAUGCUGCAGUAUCAGGCCCAAACGCAACCGCCAAACAUUCAACGAUCACUCGAUUUUGAGCAGACUCCACAGAUGCGUGUGUACACUCCGACGAACCAGGGACCAUUGUUUGACGAUGAUCCCGGCAUCAUGUCCGAAGCCGAAACGGCCAGCACGGGCUUCCGGCGGGGUGGCAAACAGCGCUCCUCCCUGCCGGUCGUAAGAACGCCAUCGAAAACGCUGGAGCGGCCCCUCGGGCUGGUGUUUCUGCAAUAUCGUUCCGAGACGAAACGGGCACUGCUGCCGAACGAAAUCACCUCGAUCGACACGGUACGAGCGCUAUUUGUGCGAUCCUUCCCGCGGCAGCUAACCAUGCAGUACCUCGAAGGGCCGAACGUGAAGAUAUACAUUCACGAUUCGAGCAAGGACAUGUUCUACGAGCUCGAGGAUGUGAGAUCGCAUCUCCGAGAAAUUCGAGAUCGUUCCGUGCUACGUUUGUUCGAGUCCAACGAAGUCAGUGCGCCGCAGGUCCUGCCCGGUGGACAAAAUAUUCCACAACCUCUACAGCCGGCAGCGAUUCCAAACCAGUGGGAUCAAGAGCAGAGUUAUUUCAGCGAACCGGAAUUCGACUCGGAAUACCAACAUCAGCACAUCCACAAAAGCAAGCAACCUACUAAGACGCCGUAUUACGUUGGCACCACUCAAACGCUACCAAGAGGAAUGUACUCGGACAGAACCAAGGGAGCAAUAGGAGUAGCAUCGAAACCGAUCCGCUCGUACGGUUCACGCGGCAACAUUGCCGGCCCGAUGCCAUACACUACCGAGCAAUUGUACAACAUUCCAGAUGGAUACAUGAGUUCCCCGGAACGAAGUGGAGCAUCUCGAGGAGCGUACGAAGAGCCUUACUACAGCCAAUACGGUACACGUUCCGCAACCGUAACGCCAAUCAUCGAUGAAGAGCAAGGGGAUAUCUCGAUCGCGGAUGAUCAGUACGCCAUGUAUGGGGUCAAAAAUGUUGGAAGAAUUCCACGAGUGCCACCAAACCAAAUGUACGACCAUACCAGAUCGGAAGAUCUUCAUAGAAUAAGAGUCGAGCAUAUGGAGCGACAGUUAGCCAACCUAACCGGACUGGUGCAGAAAGCAUUGACGCAGAAUCCUCAACUACCGCUAGUUAACAACAGCCCAAAUAUUCUAAACAUCCCUGGACAAUAUCGUAAUGCUGAAGCUACUGGAGAUGGUACAGUUUGCACGCGCGAAAAGCCACCAAAAUUGGGAAAAUCAACAUGUCAUAAAUCGGUUUCUUUUGAAAAAUCCGUUUCCUUCAGUGAUGAUAUUCAAGGCGUGCCAAAAUCUCACAGCCCACAACACUCCGCAGAUACAAAACCUCCAAAGCCAGCGAUAAAAUCUUCUACCUUACCCAGAACCUCGUCACAGGAACGAGAUCGACUAAAACCACCACCACCUCCAAAGCCUUUGGUGAUGAUAGCGGGCAAUCAGUACCGCACCGACCUAACACUUGCACCGGAGGUAUACAAUCAGCUGCGCGGCCUGCAGAAGAAAGCUAUGGAUCUGCGCACGGAGGUUCGCACGCUUCGCCGAUUAACGCAAACACAGGCCGUAGCAGUACGGGAAGAUAUAAAAGAUACGUUCAUGAGAAUACGCGCCACCUUGCUUUCGAACUCCGGGUUUGUUUGGGGGCAAGGAGAUAAGGAAAGGACAAAUCUUACCAGAGAAGAAGAAAUCUACAAACAAGAAGUGAUUCGAUUGGAAAAGGACUUGGCCGAUUUAGAAUCAUCCGUAGAAGGUCUCAGAGGCGAAGUAAUCAACAGACGGACCCGUGUGAACAUGGUCGCUGUUGAAGACAUGGCCCUAGUGCUCAGCCGUGCGAGUAAAACCGUCGCUGAGCUUAAGAUGCGGUUCCCAGUGCUACAGCAAGGGUUGAGAAAUCUGAUUUCCAACGAAAUGGAGCACGUUUGUCGGGAGGAAGCAUUUCUCAAAGAUGAACCCGAUCGGCUUGAAAAUGCUCUAAGGCGAUGUAAAAAGCUAACCGGAACGCUGGUGACACUCAAAAGACUUGCAAGCGUGCAAGAGCAGCGAUUACCAAUACCGGACACGGCAGGCACUGAUGAAACGAUCAAACCUCCGGAAACACACAACAACGUGAACAAGCCAAUCCCAAGUCCCCGUCUGGGGACAGUCGUUGCCAGUGGAGGAAUCGCCCCAGAAAACGCACUCGAUGCUUUGCUAGAUGAACUGCAAACCUUUGCUAAACCGCCGAACGGUGUGAACGAGCACCGACCGGACGAUUCGACGUCGGACGACAGUUCGCAAACGUUGCAAAACAGCAUCACGACAAAGAUAUCCCAGUCGCAGCUAUACCCCUCCGAGCCCGCUUCCUCCAACGUCGGUCUCCGGCGGCUUCACUCGUAUCCGAGCGGUUCGGAUACGGACACGAGUCCACCGCAACCGACCCGUCCGACCACCGGCAAACCGCCCGUCCCGGAACGCAACGCCGAGCUGCUCUCGAAGGUGAACAACAAGCGAGUGCCCCCGCCGCCCCCACCCCGCACCAGCUCGCGCAGCCCGCUGGCCAGCCCGACCAGUCCGCACGUGCCGCAGCAUCACCGUGGCCAGCAGCAGCAGCCGGCCGUCACGCUGUCCGACUGCGAGCAGCAGCAGCGCACAUCCGAGGGUACGGAUUCGGGCAGCGAAUCCGUCUGCUCGGACAACUCCCAGCGCCAGUUGGCCCUGGAGCUGCGCCACCAGGAGCUGCUGAAGAAACAGCGCCAGCUGCAGGAGCAGUACCAGCGCCUGCAGCAGAUGAGCAAGAAUGCCGUUCCACUAGCGCCGACAACGAUGAACCACGAUAUCAAGAAGACGGGCAGCGAGUCCAACCUGCCGCUCAAGAUGGGAUACAACAUGACCGUGAGCGGCUCGAUGAAGAAUCUCUGUGGUGGGUCCGGCGACCCGACGCUGCCCUUCGAUCCAUCGCAGGGUUCGGUAGCAAACAACGUCGACCAUCAGGACGGAGGCGGUAGCGACAGUUCGACCGGUGGGCCAAACUCGCUGGACGGUGUCGCGAUCGGUGCGAAUGGAAGUGUCGGCACGUUGCCACCACACCUAACGAAAACCACCAACAAAGUCUACGAAACGGACAUACUGUAAACAGCAUCCUUCUUAUCCUUCGCUUCUUCCUUCCACUCUAGCUACGUAGACCAAAGUGCAGAUAUGUCAGAACGGGGCCAGCACUCGUUCGUAUUACAUUCUGUCGUACAUCCGUUGACGACUGUCCUUACGCUUUUGAUCGGUUUUCUGAAGGCAUUAUCAAAACCAUAUUCGUUUUGUCGUUCCACUAUAGAAACUUCGAUAGGAUUGUUCGAACAGCAAUAUUGAGUUUGACUUGGUGUAAUCCGAAUAGUAUAAACAGCAACGGUAAACGCCAUGCAAUUUAACUUUAUUUUCAAAUGUUCUGCACAUAAUUCAUGAAAUGAUUCAAAUAGUUUAUCCUACUGCAUAAUGUUGCCGAUCUCACUUUGUCGCAAAGCGCAUAGUCGUUAGUGCACUGCCCAUAGAAGAAGAAGCAGAAGGGAAAAAAAUCCAAGAUCCUUGGUGUCGGCUAACCCUUAGAACCCAUUAAUGUACAAUUUUAAUUUCGUAGUACAGAUUCGUCGAUAUCUGGUAGAGAGUAAAUUAAUUGCGUUUUAAUAACAUGAAGUAGCUAAUAACAAUCACAACUUUCUUUUAAAAUAAUUUCCAGAUGAGGUAGCUAAAUGUCUCUAGUAAGCGAUCGAGCGGCGUGUGUUCGUAUAGCAGGAUGUUUUUUUACACGCGAUUGUUACAAACUGUUCAGUUCACACCGGAGCGAUAGUAAUAAUAUUGUUGUGUUGCCAUAUCAUCUCUACGUUGGUCCAGUGGCUGAUACGUAAAUAAUGCAAAUCUCUAACAUGUACCACUCACUAUCAUACGUAUUCCUAACCCCCAGAAUGAAUUCGCGCUUCGUACGUGUAUGUCUACGCAUACGUGUACCAAGUGUGAAACAGAUAGUGCCCCCACCACUCUGUGUAUUGCACAACCAUAAAUGCCGUGUUAUCCAUCGUUCGAUGUUUGCACAAAAUACAAAAGCGAAGGACGAAGCAACCAUAGCUCACAAUCUUUCUCUCCCAGCUUCGCAAAACUCAUUAAGCUCCCCCUUGCGAUUGUAUUCUUACUCUUGCCCGAGAAGCUUGAAGAUGCAAAGCAGACACACACCGAUCGAACUGUUCCGACUGAUCAAUCUCCUCGACCCUCGACCUUCAAAAACACAGUAUAUCCCCUAA